GGGCGUAGUAGGCGCUUGGCAGGGAGUCGCCAUGGCGGCCGAGUUUGCAUUGGACCAUAUGUACCACUGGAUCUACAUCCUGGCGAUCAUCGUCUCGUUCUUGAUGGCAUGGGGAAUCGGUGCCAAUGAUGUGGCCAACUCAUUCGGGACAUCCGUGGGGUCGGGCGCCAUCACCAUGAAGCAGGCAGUGGUGAUUGCGUGGGUGUUUGAGUUCUGCGGGGCUUUCUUCAUGGGAGGCCGCGUGGCCGAUACGAUGAAGGGCGGCAUAGUGGACCCGAAGAUCUUUUUGAUCCCGGACGGUAAGUUUGACAAAGCCGGCGCUGCGUUGCUCAUGUGGGGCAUGUUCAUCGCGAUCGCGGUUGCCGCCGUGUGGAUCGUCCUCGCCACCUUCUACGGCAUGCCCAUCUCCACCACACACUCCAUCAUCGGCUCCUUCAUUGGCUUCAGCAUGGUGGCCAAAGGAGCGAACUCUGUCUUCUGGUACAAGGAGGACCCGACGAGCGAUCUGAAGGUCGGGGGAUUCGCUGCCAUCGUCGUGUCAUGGGUGCUGACGCCCCUUAUUGCCGGCAUGGCCUCCGUCGUCCUCUUCACUUUCACGAAAAUAGUCAUUCUCCGACCGCAGAACUCGGAACGGAGGACGCUGAUCGCUAUGCCCAUCUACUACGGCCUGACCGCCUUCAUCAUUACCUUCUUCAUCGUGUACAAGGGGUCGGCCCGGCUGAAGCUGAGCGACAUCGGCAACGGGAAGGCCACCUGGAUCGCCAUAGUCGUCGCCGUCGGGGUCGCCUCCCUGGCCGCCCUGAUCGGCAUUCCUCUUGCGAAGAGGAGACUGGCAAAUCUGGAGGAUCGCAAGCAGCACAAGGCGGAGCAGAAGGCGCGAGACAGGGCUCUCAUUGCGCAGGUUGCAGGCGGCGGUGCCAAGGAGUGCGACGAGGAGAAGGGUGAGCAGGGAUGCAAGGCGCCGGCAAGCAGAGUCGAGGAGGACGGCGCAGGGCCGUUGAUGACGACAUGGCAGCGUGUCAAGGCGUGGUACCUGUUGGUGGAGAGCAAGACAAUCUCGCAUGACCUGGAAUUCACCGAGCACACGCUGGAUCUGCACUCACGCGCCGAGAUGUUCGACGAAAGGUCUGAGGAGCUCUUCAGCUUCCUGCAGGUGCUCACUGCCUGCGCCGCAGCCUUCGCCCACGGCAGCAACGACACGGCCAACGCAAUCGGCCCUCUCUCCGCCGUCCAGAACAUCUACCAGGGAGACGCAGUGAAGUUCGACGCCAAGAAGGGGAAGCUCACGCUCCCCAAGCUGGAGGUGGAAUCGUGGCAGCUGGCCAUGGGGGGUUUCGCACUCGGUCUCGGCUUCGCCGUCUGGGGAUGGAGAAUGGUGCGCAACCUGGGCGGCGCCGUGACGAAGAUGACGCCGUCGCGAGGUUUCACGGCGGAGCUGUGCGCUGCCAUGACCGUGGUGGUUGCCAGCCGCUUCGGUAUGCCGAUCUCCACCACGCAGACGCUGGUGGGGGCGACCAUCGGGGUUGGCGCUUCCGACGACUGGAGAAACGUCGACUGGUGGCUCUUCGGGCAAUUCGUUAUCUCCUGGGUUGUGACCAUCCUCUUUGCGGGCUUCGGUACAGCGGCCGUCUUCUCCUUCACCGUCUUCUCGCCGUCCGUGCAAGUGUAGUCAAAACGUCGACAACGUGGAAACUAUGGAAAUGGACUGGAUUGCCCAUCCCCACCCCGCGAACCAAGCAAACGAGAGGGGAUGGCCUGCUCUCUUUCGCCGCUUUUCUUUCGUCUAAACAAUCAGCGUCUCUGCUGCACCUUCCCCCUCCGGAGGGUGCACGACACGCUGCGAAGACACGCGCGAACUUGGACAUCUUCAUCGAAAUUGGCACUGCGACUGCAAUGGCAAAAGAAGAGCACGGAACGGGACACAAACAGGAAUGAGCAGUCGGAAGGAGACAAGGCAAGCCGGCGUCAGCUCUGUCGCCCGACUUACGUUGGCUGGUACCGUACUCCGCUCCGUCCUUGUUUCCGGCCCCAACAGCGACCAUGACGGCGGGCAUGGUCUUUGUCGGGCUCCCAGAUGAUGAUGAACGGGUAGGAUGGGCAAUCAGAUCGGUUGGAGGCUGUCUCUAGUGCAUGCUUGCUCUCUCUUAUGAUGCACAGCAACCCAACUACGGCGGUUGGGCUGGUUGGAAGCACUUGAACGGGGUGAUGUGGAGAUGCGCUUCAGGAAGCGUGCGUUUCUCGGGCUACUUCUCUAGGUCUUCUCAAGGGGGCGUCGGACUGCAAUUCGGAGGAAUACAGCUCGCCAAUUGUGAGUUUCGGCCGCACAAUUGUCAAAUAAGGUGCGGGAAAGCGACUGGUUCUAGCCCGCCGCCAGGCAUUGGGGCGACGGAUCGUCGUUCCCGGUAAGGGGAGAAGAGAGGAAGGGAGGACACACACAUCGCAUUCUUUCCCGGUCAGGGGAGAAGAGAGGAAAGGAGGAGACGCACACUGCAUUCUUUCCUCAUAAGACAGCGUCCAAGGAAACGCUCGGAUGCUUCCACUCCAUAAGUCGUGCUUCAGCCGUACGUAUGCGUAAUCCGUGGGGAACAAGACGAAGAGUGAUAGCCGUAGUCGAGAAAGGAAAGGAAUACCAGCUGUGGAGGUAUCAGCUGGGGGGGAGGAUAAUACUAGGUAACCCCAGUUGUAGCAGUUGGAAAUGGCAGUGGUAGUUGGGAGUAAUAGCAUUGAAGUACAGUACCAACAGAGGUGGUAGUACCGUAGUAGUAAACUGAGGAGACUGAGGAGGAGGAGGAGGAGGAGGAGGAGGAGGGAGGAGGGAGGAGGAGCUGGGUAGCAAUACAUCCGCACGCUGGCUUCAUCGGCCGCACUCGAUUCGAAGUCUGGACGUGCUUCUUCCUAGCCUCUGUCACGUCUGCUUGUCUCUCCCUCCAUUCCUGUCGCAGUUGUCUCGGGGCCAUGUUCACAUAGUCGACCAUUUCAAUCCAACCGAGACCUAUAUACCGUUAAGUACAUUGAGCAAUGCGUGUUUACACUUAGCCAGACAGUCUCGGAAAUGAGAGGUGUGUGCGACGUGCAUCUGUGCGACCAAGUCUUCGAUCUCGGUGCGACCAAUACCUGACUUCUGCCACACAUAUCCCGGGUCCCGGGAAGCUCCGAAGCUCUACUUGCAGCGUGCCCAAACUGGAUCACCAUACUCUUCAACUUCCUUUGACUUCCAUUCUCUUAUAGUACUCGCCGAGUCGUUGAACAAUCAAGUUGGAGUCGUGCCUUCAUUCGAUGGUCUGGUCUUUAUGGCUUUGAUCAUGCCGUCUACACAAUUUGUCCCUCUUGCGACGUGAGGAAGGGGAGAGAGAGAGAGAGAGAGAGAGAGAGAGAGAGAGAGAGAGAGAGAGAGAGAGAGAGAGAGAGAUUAUAAGAACAUUAAAGCUGUUAUACAAGAAUGUGUAGAUCUUAAGCGCUCAUUGUAUAACUGUGCGAUGGGUGCUCCCCUUGGCUCAUGGAUGUCUUUUCGAAUAAGGACCGCAGAGAGGCAAUGGAGGACAGCUUUGACGGCGUUGCCGUCGAGGCUGAAUGUUUAAGCUCAUGGUGCGCAUUGUUCAUAUUAUUAAAUUAUUAAUUUAUUUAUCGUUGGAUUACUUUGCAUGAUUAUGACUAUGAGUUUUGCUGGCACUGUUCUCUAGGAUAUGAUGGAUGGCAAGGGGGGAAAGAAAGAAGAAAGGAUUAUGAUUGGAGUUUGUUUGAGGUACCGGUCGACAGUCGCAGCGCUAGCGUUCUCCAGUGGUUUUGUCGGCCGCUAGGACGCCGGCGGUCUACCCGCUCCUCUGCACCCAUAGAGCUGGAGCGGUUCGCAUAGUCCUCUGGGAGGAUAGGUUGACUCUAGUCUAUAGUGCUGCGAACUUGUGUGGAGGCAUCUAUCGUCCGCUGUGUUUACGAGAGAGCAAUGCCAUGGACUCCUCCCUUCGUGAAGACAAAAGAACUCUUGGACUGUACGAGAGGACGGACAAGAAGAAGUGAGUGUGUCUACGAGAUGGGAGCCGCACUACUCACUUUCUGCUUGUUGAAACUCGUCGUUCGCUCAGGAUUUGGUUUGAAUCUUCGCUCAGUAAAUGUCAUGAAUUUUU